UCUUGGCGAUUAGUAGAAUCUACUCAAAUUAUCUCUAAUUAUUCUCUAGAAACCCUUUCUUAAGUAGGUAACCGAUAUUUAACAUUGUGCAUACUAGAAGCAACGAUUAUCAAAAUAUUGGUUUGGAAAUCAAAAAAGGUAUAUGAUUUUUUUAUUAUAUCUUCCGCUUUUUUAAUCUAGAAUAUGCUGCCGUGUGCUCGUUCGUCUCGCCACGUUUUUCGGAAAAAAAAGCACACUCUAUGCUUGAAGUCUAGACUACAGUACUUCAAUUUCCCUGUAUCAAGCGAAAUUCUAUGGACUUCCAAUCUUAAAUUACAUCAACUGUUCAUUUCCCACCACCUGCAAAGUCAAAAUUCUUCUUUUUCGUCAUGCCGCAACCUUCUCUCUGGUGAGUCUCAAAAAAUUCAGACAUCAGAUAUACCUUGUGUCGAACAAAAUCAAAAAGUACUUGGAUGUUCUGAAGAAGGAUCCUACGUAGCCAAUGAAUACGAUUUUGUGAGAACUAAAGACCAAAAGGAUCAUGGCUUGACUAGCCUCAAAGUCCGAGAACACCUAAACUCUAUCCUAAAUACACAGGAGAAGAACUGGAUUAUGCGGUUGGCGAUCAAACUCUUUUUCCGAUCUGUCAGCUAUAAUGUUGUAGGCCAGUUUUUAUAUUCUAUUUCUAAGUAUCAAAGUGAACGCGUAGAAUGGCUUCAGUUUGGGAUUCCUCGUUCUUUUGCAUCUUGGUUUUCAGUAUCAAUUAUUCAUGUUUGGAUGAUACUUGUUCGCAUUCGCAAAAUAGAGGAUGAACAGAUUUCCCGUGCUUUGGCCCAACGUGUCAUAGACGCUUUUUUUUUAGACAUCGAACGCGGUAUUGUUCGAAAAACACAUGUCACCAAUCCUAUCAUUUUAGGGAAAUCAAACAAGCAAUUUUUGCGCUCCUAUUAUGGAUCAAUGACCGCUUACGAUGAGACCUUGGUAAAUGGAGAUCCUACUCUUGCCGAUGCUUUAUACAGAAAUCUGUAUGGUUUGGACAUCUCUUCUGCCUCUUGUCAAGAGAUAGAAGGCCUGGUUCAAUACAUUAGGAGAACUCUACAUAAAUUGGACAAUUUAAGCAAUGAGACUUUCCUUUCAGGUAAUUGGUGUUGGAAUGAACCUCCGAGCCCAAGUUCACCUUUGUCUUCUCUUUAGUGCUAUUAUUAUGGCCAUCCCACCAUUAAAAUAAUUCUAUAACUGAACACUGAAUUAUAUUCAACUAGGUUCUUCUCCGCAUAUUUUCCAUCUGGCAAUGGUUUUCAUUCAAUUUCUUUUGACUGAAUGGUAAA